UCAUAUCCCUUUCUCGGAUUUAUCAGUAUCAUUUUCGAACUUUUAUCCCUAUUUGGUCUUUCAAAGAAUUUAACUUGGAUUACAUUCCAAAUAUCUUUUUGUAAAUUAAUUCAGUUUACGUUUCUACAUAAAAAUGCAGAUCUUUGUUAAGACUUUAACAGGAAAAACCAUCACCUUAGAAGUUGAAGCUUCAGACACAAUAGAGAAUGUAAAGGCUAAGAUUCAAGAUAAAGAAGGAAUUCCACCAGAUCAACAACGUUUGAUUUUUGCUGGCAAACAACUUGAAGAUGGUAGAACACUCUCAGAUUAUAAUAUUCAGAAAGAGUCUACUCUUCAUCUAACUUUAACAGGAAAAACCAUCACCUUAGAAGUUGAAGCUUCAGACACAAUAGAGAAUGUAAAGGCUAAGAUUCAAGAUAAAGAAGGAAUUCCACCAGAUCAACAACGUUUGAUUUUUGCUGGCAAACAACUUGAAGAUGGUAGAACACUCUCAGAUUAUAAUAUUCAGAAAGAGUCUACUCUUCAUCUAGUAUUGAGACUUCGAGGGGGAAUGCAAAUCUUUGUCAAAACUCUUACUGGAAAAACUAUCACACUUGAAGUUGAAGCUUCAGACACAAUAGAAAAUGUAAAGGCUAAGAUUCAAGACAAAGAAGGAAUUCCCCCUGACCAGCAACGUUUGAUCUUUGCUGGUAAACAAUUAGAAGAUGGAAGAACUCUCUCAGAUUAUAAUAUCCAAAAGGAAUCUACACUCCAUUUAGUAUUGAGACUUCGAGGAGGUAUGCAAAUCUUUGUCAAAACUCUCACUGGCAAAACCAUUACUUUAGAAGUUGAAGCUUCGGACACAAUAGAAAAUGUAAAAGCUAAGAUUCAAGAUAAAGAAGGAAUUCCUCCAGAUCAGCAACGAUUGAUCUUUGCUGGUAAACAGCUAGAAGAUGGAAGAACCUCAGAUUAUAAUAUCCAAAAAGAAUCUACACUCCAUUUAGUGUUGAGACUUCGAGGAGGAAUGCAAAUCUUUGUCAAAACUCUCACUGGAAAAACUAUCACUCUUGAAGUUGAAGCUUCAGACACAAUAGAAAAUGUAAAAGCUAAGAUUCAAGAUAAAGAAGGAAUUCCACCUGAUCAGCAACGUUUGAUUUUUGCUGGCAAACAGCUUGAAGAUGGAAGAACUCUUUCAGAUUACAAUAUUCAAAAAGAGUCUACUCUUCAUCUGGUAUUGCGACUUCGGGGAGGAAUGCAGAUCUUUGUUAAAACUCUUACUGGAAAGACUAUUACACUUGAAGUUGAAGCUUCGGAUACAAUAGAGAAUGUAAAGGCUAAGAUUCAAGAAGAAGGAAUUCCGCCUGACCAACAACGUUUGAUUUUUGCUGGCAAACAGCUUGAAGAUGGAAGAACUCUCUCAGAUUAUAAUAUUCAGAAAGAGUCUACUCUUCAUCUGGUAUUGCGACUUCGAGGAGGAAUGCAGAUCUUUGUUAAAACUCUUACUGGAAAGACUAUUACACUUGAAGUUGAAGCUUCGGAUACAAUAGAGAAUGUAAAAGCUAAGAUUCAAGAUAAAGAAGGAAUUCCUCCUGAUCAGCAACGAUUGAUUUUUGCUGGCAAACAACUUGAAGAUGGAAGAACACUUUUAGAUUACAAUAUCCAAAAAGAAUCUACACUGCAUUUGGUAUUGAGACUUCGGGGAGGAGAGUGUACUUAUUAUAUAGAAAAAAAUAUUUCAGCUUGGCUACUUGCUAUGCAGUUGAAAGAUUCUAAUAGUCUUUUUAAAAAAAAUGACCUAUUUUAGAGUUCAUAAUGAUGGGUCAUAAUGUUAGACUGCCUUUGGAAUAAAAUCUGAAGGCAUUGUCUAAAAAAAUUGAUAGUAUUGAUAGCUCCCCUACGUUACUUUUUUAUGUAUAUUUCAUAUUCACUACUAUUUUUAUCAAUAUAUAAGUGUUUAUUUAUUCAUAUGUAAAGUCAACAAUAUGGAAUUGUAGUGAUGUAAUUACAUAUGUGUAACUACAAUUCUUGUAAUACAAUUAAGUUCAUUAAACAAUUAUUGUACAUUCCUGGCA